CGCACAGUACACGGAAGACCUGAGAAGACCUGCAGCAGGUGGGAGCGAGUCUCCGGGUGUCAGGGAGAUUGUUGGGGUGGGGAUUCAACACCGACUGAGGGACAAUUGCUGUCACUUCCGGGACAGUCCUGCUCUCUUCCCUCUCUCUCAGCCCCACCAUCCGUACACGGGCCCCGGGGAGCUUCCGGCUGAUGAGGGAAUGGGAACCGAUGGAUCUCUCAGACAGAGCUGAGCUCCAGCUGUCUAAAUGCAAGGAUCGGGAACUCGGAGAAAGGGAACAAAAUCUUUUACAUCAGCUGUUGAGAAAAUCACCUUUGUUCAGCCUCCAGUCACAAACAAGAGAAAAUCUGCAGAGAGGGCACAGUUUUAAGGUGCUUGGAAGCAGGUUAAAAACGAGAUGGAAUUUAGCUCCUAGGAUCUCAAACACGGCAUGCCAGUUUUGCUGUCUCUGUCCAGAUGUUUGGGAAGUGGAGCAAGGGAUUCAAUCGACCAUCCUUCCUGCUCAGACUGUUGGGAGGGAUUCACUUGGUCAUCUGACCGACUGGCAUGCCCGUCAUUUUACACAGGGGAAAGGCUGUUCACCUGCUCAGACAGUGGGAGUGGAUUCACUUGGUUAUCCCAAUUGAACGUACAUCAGCAAGUUCACACUGGACAAGGCCAUUCACCUGAUCUGUGUGUGAGAAGAGAUUCAGUCGGUCCUCCCACCUGUGGACACACCAGGCAAUUCACACUGGGCAGAGGCUGGUCAUCUGCUGAAUUUGUGGGGAAGGAUUCACUCGGUCAUCUGACCUAAUGGCUCACCAGCGGGUUCACACUGGGGAGAAGCCGUUCACCUGCUCAGUCUGUGGGAAGAGAUUCACUGAUUCAUCCUCCCUAAAGAGACAUCAGCGAGUUCACUCUGGGGAGAAGCCGUUCACCUGCUCAGUCUGUGGGAAGAGAUUCACUGAGUCAUCCAACCUACUGGCACAUCAGCGAGUUCACACUGGGGAGAAGCCGUUCACCUGCUCAGUCUGUGGGAAGAGAUUCACUAAUUCAUCCACCCUACAGAGACAUCAGCGAGUUCACACUGGGGAGAAGCCAUUCACCUGCUCCAUCUGUGGGAAGAGAUUCGCGGAUCAAUGCACCCUACAGAGACAUCAGCAAGUUCACACUGGGGAGAAGCCGUUCACCUGCUCAGUCUGUGGGAAGAGAUUCACUCAGUCAUUCACCCUACAGAGACAUCAGCGAGUUCACACUGGGGAGAAACCAUUCACCUGCUCAGUCUGUGGGAAGAGAUUCACUCUGUCAUCCAACCUACAGAGUCAUCAGCGAGUUCACACUGGGGAGAAGCCGUACACCUGCUCAGAAUGUGGGAAGGGAUUCACUCAGUCAUCCAACCUACAGAGUCAUCAGCGAGUUCACACUGGGGAGAGGCCGUUCACCUGCUCAGAAUGUGGGAAGGGAUUCACUCAGUUAUCCAGCCUACAGAUUCAUCAGCGAGUUCACACUGGGGAGAAGCCGUUCACCUGCUCAGUCUGUGGGAAGGGAUUCACUAAUUCAUCCAGCCUACAGAGUCAUCAGCGAGUUCACACUAGGGAGAAGCCGUACGCCUGCUCAGAAUGUGGGAAGAGAUUCACUCACUCAUCCACCCUACAGAAUCAUCAGCGAGUUCACACUGGGGAGAGGCCGUUCACCUGCUUAGUCUGUGGGAAGGGAUUCACCAAUUCAUCCACCCUACAGAGUCAUCAGCGAGUUCACACUGGGGAGAGGCCAUUCCCCUGUUCAGUCUGUGGGAAGAGAUUCACUCACUCAUCCACGCUGCAGAAUCAUCAGCGAGUUCAUACUGGGGAGAGGCCAUUCACCUGCUCAGUCUGUGGGAAAAGAUUCACUCAGUCAUCCCACCUGCUGGCACAUCAGCGAGUUCACACUGGGGAGUGGCCAUUGUUAUGAAUUCCCAGAUUUCGUUUGCUGUGGACUGUCAUUUUGAGAGAGAGAGAUUAAGAAGGUGAAUCAGUCUGACUUGCAGCUUGUUUACAUCGCUCACAGCUUGUUUAGUUUUAACCAAGGACACAAACACUCAGAGUCAGACGGAGAUGAAGGAGGAAAAAUGGAAGGUUCGAAACAAGGGAACUAGUGGCCAAGGGUCACUGUUUCGAACUUUCCUCUGUCCACAAGGUUGGGUUAAUUAUCAAUUCAGCGAACAUCAAAUGUGUGGUUGUCACCUCGUUUGAUCCAUAGGAGUGGAUCGGAUUUGGGGUAUCCUAUGAAGACCACUUAUGUGUUAACCCUUGCCUGGCUGUGGUGUGGAAAUUCACUUGAAGACAAUACUCCUUGUGACAAGUCACUUUUGGUGAUGAUUUGUAUGUGGAUUUGGAACAACGACGGAUAAAUUCUACAGUGACUGUUCUCUCGUUUUACCACCAUGGAUGCUGUGGAAUUCAACGUUAUUGCCUUCUCUCGACAUUUACCCAGAAUUACAAAUAUCUCUCUCUCCUCAACUAUUCUGUGGUUGAACUGAACUUUCAUAGUUCACCAUCUCAAGACUCCAAGCCUUGUUUCCCCUGAGCUCAAUAGUUUGGGAGUUAUAUUUACCGACAUAUAUACACAUAACACUGUUAACUUUUGUUUAUCUUGCUUAAGUUACUAUAUUGUUAGCAGGUGCUAAUAAAGAUAGUGGAUUUAACAUCAAAAACAGACUCUAGGUGUAGUCUAUUGCUGCUGACUCAUUUCUAAAGUGUUACGGGGCCAAAAUUGGGGCCUGCAUCCGAUACAGGAAAAGAUUUGGAGGCGUAUUGAUUAAUUAUCGAUUUCAUUGGAGAAAUCCCUUUUGAUUUAUUUGUGUGUGGAAAAUCAGCAGCAAUGGAUGUUGAUAGAUGUCUGGAAGCAUCAACCUCUGAGGCACUAAAGGACACCAGAAGGACUGAGUUGUUGAGUAUUGCUAAAAGGUUAAAACUUGCUAAGGUGAAAUCGACAAUGAGGAGGUCACAGAUGCAGAGGAUAAUAGCUGAACAUUAUAUAUCUGAGGGUGUGUUUAAAGUGGAGGAGUUGGAGGUGUUUCCUGAAAGUAAAUCUAGUGAGCUUGAGCUCCCGUACAAGUUAGAAAAAUUAAAGAUGGAGGCUGUGGAAAGGCAGAGUCAGAUUGAGGCUGGAAAGGCAGAAAAACAGAAGAGGCAGAAAAAUAUGGGGGAAGCAGAAAGACAGAGGCUGUUGGAGCUGGAAAAGAUAGAGAGAUUGCAGCAAAGGGGUCUAGCAUUAGACUCUGGUGAUAAGUUUGAGGGCAGUCAGGAUGUUAAAUUGGUACCUCCAUUUGACGAGGCAGAGGUUGAUAAAUACUUUCAGCAUUUUGAGAAGUUUGCUCAGAGUUUAAAGUGGCCAAAAGAGGGUUGGCCUAUUCUCUUACAAAGUGUAACUAAGGGGAAGGCUCAGCGAGCCUAUUCUGCUUUGACAGUUGUUGAAGCAGCUAAUUAUGACAUAGUGAAACAGGCUGUGCUCAAAGCUUAUGAGUUGGUCCCAGAAGCGUACAGGCAAAAGUUUAGAAAUUUGAGAAAAUCUGUGAACCAAACUUAUAUGGAAUUUGCUUAUGAGAAGUUUUGUGUUUUGACCGCUUGUGCACAUAUAAAAAUGUAAAUGAUGAUUUUAACAGCUUGAAAGAGUUGGUUUUAAUUGAAGAAUUCAGAAGGUGCGUCCCUGAUGACAUAAAGAUGUAUUUAGAUGAAGAGGAUGCUGCCACUUUGCAGGAGUCUGCUGGAUUAGCAGAUGUGUUUGCAUUAACCCACAAGGUUAUGUUUACCCCGAGUAAGAGUUUCCCAGAGAGUAGCAGGGAUAACCAGGGUAAACCAGAAAUUAAAGCUGGGACUCGUGACAAGAGUGAGGAUGAAGGGAAGCAGUUGAAGGAGAAAUAGUCUGGUCUUACUUGUUACUAUUGUAAGAAAGCUGGUCAUAUGAUGGCUAAUUGUUCCGUCCUGAAGAAGAAAAAGGAAAAGGAGGCAGUCCCACAUGCCUGUGAUCAGUAUGUUGAAGCACCUGUAAACCCACAGGGUUCUGAACAUUUUGUUCAGGCUCAGUUAAGGACUGAGAGGUCUGACCGAGUUAAGAAGGGAUUUGAUCCUUUUAUGUCAGAUGGCUUUGUAUUAGUAAAGGAAUGGUCAACCCCAGUACCAGUGAAAAUUCUUCAAGAUACUGGGGCUUCUCAGUCACUUAUAUUAGACAGCGUUCUAAAGUUUGGUGAUGAGACUGACAUUGGUGAGGUAAAUCUUAUCAAAGGCAUUGGGGGCAGCAUUGUUUCUGUGCCAUUGCAUAAGGUAACUUUACAGUCAGGGUUGGUUUUGGGACCUGUUAGGAUCGGAUUAUGCUCCAAUUUACAGGUGGAAGAUGUUACUUUGCUGUUAGGGAAUGACCUGGCAGAUGGUAAAGUUGAUCCUGCAGUGCAGUUGACAACUAAGCCAACCACUGAGGACCCACAGAUUGAUUUUAACAUUUAUCCUUCCUGCACAGUAACUCGAAGUAUGGCUAAAAUAUCUGCCGAUGCAGACGGUUCUGUGCAGCAUGAUUCUGAUACCCAUGAUGGCCAAAGUUGGGAUUCAGGUAAUGAUGACUUAAAACAGAGAUCAUCUUCCUCUUUCCCUUCUGCUCCACGGAACCAGACCCAGUGCCAGAGACCGGAUCGCCGUGGUCGUCCUGUGUCAGGUCAUCCCCCUCAACAGCAUCCAAAACAAGAUAACGAUUCCUGAGGGGGAUGGCCACAGGGGUGCUCUCUACUAUCUGAGCUCUUCCCAUCCCUUCCCUGACAGUCACCCACUUAUCGAUCUCCUGCUCACGUUCCGUUAUAAGCUGUAGGUCAUCAAGCUGCAGCUCCAGAUCCCUAACGUGCUCUCUCAUCAGCUGCAUCUCAGUGCACCUGGCGCAGAUAUGGCCGUCUGGGAGACGGGAAGAUUCCCGGGAUUCCCACAUCUUACACCCAGAGCAAAGUACUAACCCUGCAGACAGGCUCUGGUACCUGUUUAUAUGCUCAGUAAACAUGUUCACUGCUUAAUCCCCUGGAGGAGGGAACGAGAUGGGAAAUGUCCAAAUCUGCUGAUAACACAGAAGCAAAGGAAGGAAAUCUAAUGACGCCGUUCUGGUUCUGCAUCAAGUAAUUCAAAAGGCAGAUUGUAUUUUGGCCUUCACCAAACGGGGGGUGGAGAUUAUGUAACGGUCCGGUGUAACUACCAUUGUACAGGGUGUUAGUGAGGCCACAUCUGGAAUUCUAUGCACGGUUGUAAUCCCCGAGCAGAGAAAUCUCAAGAGUAGCUAUGGAGCCAGCAGUGCAGUUUUACCAGUGUAAUACAUGGGAUGCUUUACCAGCAGAGGUGAGAUGAUUUGGCCCUGAAAUUUAGAACAUAUUCACAAACAAUAGGGUAUUUGUGAAGCAUCUUCAUGGAGUAUCUCUCCUCGUCAUUUAGAGAGUGACAGAGCGGGUUGAUGAGGGAUGUGUGAAAAUUCCUGGAAAUUUAUGGUUUCCAUCUAAUUUUGCUUUGUGAUCAAUGAGGUAUCUAUCUAUUUGAGUGUACAAUCUUUGGGAUUCACUGCCCUCAGGGGGUGAAGGUCGGUUGCCUGGGUAUUUUUGAGGUUGGAAUAGAUAAUUAAGAGGAGCGAGGGGAAUGGACACAGGAGCUUAUACAGGUUUCUCCCGCUAUCCAAAGGUAGAGCGUUCCUAUGAAAUGGUUCGUAAGCCGGAAUGCCAUAAAGUGAAGAAUCAAUUACCAUUUAUUUAUAUGGGAAAAUUUUGUGAGCAUUCACAGACCAAAAAAUAACCUACCAAAUCAUGCCAAAUAACACAUAAAACCUAAAAUAACAGUAACAAACAGUAAAAGCAGGAAUGAUAUGAUAAAUACACAGAUUAUAUAAAGUAGAAAUACCUUUCCACAAUCAUUGCCUGAAGUGUUCUCCGUAGCGAAAAUCUCACGCAAGCGAAUUUGGCAAAAACACGGCGCAAGCGCUCUCCAGUAACCUUUAAGCUAUGAAGCUGCCAAAUCAUACCAAAUAACAGGUAAAAAUACACAGCCGAUGUAAAGUAGAUAUAAUGUAUGUACAGUGUAGUUCACUUACUGGAAUUGGGAAAGCUCGGAGCACACUGAUGAUGGUGUGUUAGACUUGGAGUUUGGGUGGUGCAGUGGCCCCCACACUCCAGGCUGCCGAGCGAUACAUUGCCGCGAAGCAUGCAGUGGUACAGCGGUAGCCGGGAUGCAUCCAGCAGAUUUCUAAGAAAAAAGCGGAAAUAAACAUGCUAAUUAAUUAGGUGCCGCCCGGCACGUAAUUGUCGGCCCAGAUCAGUGCCGAUUGCGUAGCCUCUGUUCAGGGCUGACAAUUAUUUGUCGGGUGGCGCCUAAUUAAUCAGCAUAUUUAUUUCAUCUUUUUUCUUAAAGAUGUGCUGUGUUUCUCCCGGCUACUGCUGCAUUCUCUGCAAAUCGGUAUCUAUCCGCGGCCUGGCAGUUGGGGUGGUGGGACACUGGGGUGUCAUCUCGUCGUCUGUUUCCAUUAGAUCAGGCAGCUCAUCUUCUAUGGCUGCCCACUUCGAUGUCGAAGAUCGAGGUUCGUCGUCUGCUGUGGCUGAUGUGCAAGGCUUGCUUGAUUGCUGAGCCCCGCACAUUUUUGGAUCGUACAGUUCUUUGUAAGCACUCAAACCAUCCUGCAAAUAUCCCCUAAACUGACGUACCCUUUCAAAAUUAAAGCCGUACUUUAUCAUUACUCAUUUGGUUUCGAUUGUUAUCCUUUCCUCUUCCAAUUGCAUCAGCUCUUCAUCUAUCAGUUCUUGGUCAUGGGAUGCCAAAACCUCUUCAAC